UUUUUUCAGGGCCGUUUUCUGAUAUAUGUUGGGUACCAUAGAGUGAAUCUCAGAACAGGAAGCGGAGGCAUAAGCAGAGAGAAUUCUGGAAAGGUCUCUUUGUUUUCAUGUCCACAGAGAAAGCAAGAAAAAUUAUAUUUAAUUUACAAAUGCCUGUGGCCCAAAUCUGAAGAACCGCAGGGGGUGCACCGUACAUUCUAACCAUCUUGGAUGCUGGGCUUUGUUAUGCUGUGAUUCCUAGGGCUCUCUAUCAGAUCAUGGAGCAAGAGAGCUGAAGCCCAGCCACAUCAGUUAGUCAGCACUGACAUACCUGUCAAGGAUUCCUGGCAGAGUGGCUUACUGGAAAAAUAUACAGAAUCCCGUCCAGGGAUACUAUAAGAACAAAUGAGAUAAUUCCCAGAAGGGACCUGGAGCCUUUUCCAAACAAAGGUGCUGUGACCCUCAAAAGGCAAUUCUUAUGCAAGAAGCUAAACGUGAUUAAAUGUGCAGGAUGAAAAGAUGGCACAGGCACUGCUGGUACCCCCGGGACCUGACAGCUUCCGCCUCUUCACUAGAGAAUCUCUUGCUGCUAUUGAAAAACGUGCUGCGGAAGAGAAAGCCAAGAAGCCCAAAAGAGAGCAAGACAUUGAUGAUGAGAACAAACCAAAGCCAAACAGUGACCUGGAAGCUGGAAAGAACCUUCCAUUUAUCUAUGGAGACAUUCCUCCAGAGAUGGUGUCAGAGCCCCUGGAGGACCUGGACCCUUACUACAUCAGUAAGAAGACUUUUGUAGUAUUGAAUAAAGGGAAGGCAAUUUUCCGGUUCAGUGCCACCUCUGCCUUGUACAUUUUAACCCCACUAAACCCCGUUAGGAAAAUGGCUAUUAAGAUUUUGGUGCACUCUCUAUUCAGCAUGCUUAUCAUGUGCACUAUUUUGACCAACUGUGUAUUUAUGACCUUGAGUAAUCCUCCUGAUUGGACAAAGAAUGUAGAAUACACUUUCACUGGGAUCUACACCUUUGAGUCACUUAUAAAGAUCUUGGCAAGAGGGUUUUGCUUAGAAGACUUUACAUUCCUUCGUGACCCAUGGAACUGGCUGGAUUUCAGUGUCAUCGUGAUGGCGUAUGUAACAGAAUUUGUAAGCCUAGGCAAUGUUUCAGCCCUUCGAACUUUCAGAGUCUUGCGAGCUCUGAAAACUAUUUCUGUAAUUCCAGGUUUAAAGACCAUCGUAGGGGCCCUGAUCCAGUCCGUGAAGAAGCUGUCUGACGUCAUGAUCCUCACUGUGUUCUGUCUCAGCGUGUUUGCCCUAAUUGGGCUGCAGCUGUUCAUGGGCAACCUGAGGAAUAAAUGUUUGCAGUGGCCCCCAAGUGACUCUGCUUUUGAAACCAACACCACUUCCUACUUCAAUGGCACAACGGAUUCAAAUGGGACAUUUGUUAAUGUAACAAUAACCACAUUCAAUUGGAAGGAUUACAUUGCCGAUGACAGCCACUUUUAUGUUUUGGAUGGACAAAAAGAUCCUUUACUCUGUGGAAAUGGCUCAGAUGCAGGCCAAUGUCCAGAAGGAUACAUCUGUGUGAAGGCCGGACGAAAUCCCAACUAUGGCUAUACAAGCUUUGACACCUUUAGCUGGGCUUUCUUAUCUCUGUUCCGACUCAUGACUCAAGACUACUGGGAGAAUCUUUACCAGUUGACAUUACGUGCCGCUGGAAAAACCUACAUGAUAUUUUUUGUCCUGGUGAUUUUCUUGGGAUCUUUUUAUUUGGUGAACUUGAUCCUGGCUGUGGUGGCCAUGGCCUAUGAGGAGCAGAACCAGGCCACAUUGGAGGAGGCUGAACAGAAAGAGGCAGAGUUUCAGCAGAUGCUGGAACAACUUAAAAAACAACAGGAAGAGGCUCAGGCCGUGGCAGCAGCAUCUGCUGCGUCCAGAGACUUCAGUGGGAUAGGCGGGUUAGGAGAGCUCUUGGAGAGUUCUUCAGAAGCAUCCAAGUUAAGCUCCAAGAGUGCCAAGGAGUGGAGAAACCGAAGGAAGAAGAGGAAACAGAGGGAACAUCCGGAAGGAAACCACAGAAGAGAAGAAGACAGGUUCCCCAAGUCAGAAUCUGAAGACAGUGUCAAGCGAAGAAGCUUCCUGUUUUCCCUCGAUGGGAACCGGCUGACAGGCGACAAGAAGCUGUGCUCUCCCCACCAGUCUCUGUUGAGCAUACGUGGCUCCCUGUUUUCCCCAAGACGCAAUAGCAAAACGAGCAUUUUCAGCUUUAGAGGUCGGGCAAAAGACGUGGGAUCUGAGAAUGACUUUGCUGAUGAUGAGCACAGCACCUUUGAAGACAGCGAGAGCAGGAGGGACUCACUGUUUGUGCCGCACAGACCUGGAGAGCGACGCAACAGUAACGUUAGUCAGGCCAGUAUGUCAUCCAGGAUGGUGCCAGGGCUUCCAGCAAAUGGGAAGAUGCACAGCACUGUGGAUUGCAAUGGUGUGGUUUCCUUGGUGGGUGGACCAUCAACUCUUACAUCACCUACUGGACAACUCCAGCCAGAGGGCACCACCACUGAAACAGAAGUCAGGAAGAGAAGGCUAAGUUCUUACCAGAUUUCAAUGGAAAUGCUGGAGGAUUCCUCUGGAAGGCAGAGAGCCAUGAGCAUAGCCAGCAUCCUGACCAACACAAUGGAGGAACUUGAAGAAUCUAGACAAAAAUGUCCACCAUGCUGGUAUAGGUUUGCCAAUGUGUUCUUGAUCUGGGACUGCUGUGAUGCGUGGCUGAAAGUGAAGCAUCUUGUGAAUUUAAUUGUGAUGGAUCCAUUUGUUGAUCUUGCCAUCACAAUUUGCAUUGUGUUAAACACCCUGUUUAUGGCCAUGGAGCACUACCCCAUGACAGACCAGUUCAGCAGCGUGUUGACGGUGGGAAACCUGGUCUUCACUGGAAUCUUCACAGCUGAAAUGGUUUUGAAAAUCAUUGCCAUGGAUCCCUAUUACUAUUUCCAGGAGGGCUGGAAUAUUUUUGAUGGAAUUAUCGUCAGCCUGAGUUUAAUGGAGUUGGGCCUGGCAAAUGUGGAGGGACUCUGCUUUAUGACAUCCUUCAUUUUUGCGGUGGUCGGCAUGCAGCUCUUUGGGAAGAGCUACAAGGAGUGUGUCUGCAAGAUCAACGAGAACUGCAAGCUCCCGCGCUGGCACAUGAAUGACUUCUUCCACUCCUUCCUGAUCGUGUUCCGUGUGCUGUGCGGAGAGUGGAUAGAGACCAUGUGGGACUGCAUGGAGGUCGCAGGGCAAACCAUGUGCCUUAUUGUUUUCAUGUUGGUCAUGGUGAUUGGGAACCUCGUGGUCCUGAACCUCUUUCUGGCCUUACUGUUGAGUUCCUUUAGCUCAGACAACCUUGCUGCUACUGAUGACGAUAAUGAAAUGAACAACCUGCAGAUUGCAGUGGGAAGGAUGCAAAAGGGAAUCGAUUACAUAAAAAAUAAAAUAGGGGAGUGUUUCCGGAAAGCCUUUUUUAGAAAGCCCAAAGUUAUAGAGAUCCAUGAAGGCAACAAAAUAGACAGUUGCAUGUCCAAUAACACUGGGAUUGAAAUCAGCAAAGAGCUUAAUUAUCUUAAAGAUGGUAAUGGAACCACCAGUGGUGUAGGUACUGGAAGCAGUGUUGAAAAAUAUGUAAUCGAUGAAAAUGAUUAUAUGUCAUUCAUAAACAACCCCAGCCUCACUGUAACAGUGCCUAUUGCUGUUGGAGAGUCCGACUUUGAAAAUUUAAAUACUGAAGAAUUCAGCAGCGAGUCAGAACUAGAAGAAAGCAAGGAGAAAUUAAAUGCAACCAGUUCAUCUGAAGGAAGCACAGUUGAUGUUGCUCCACCCCGAGAAGGUGAACAAGCUGAAAUUGAACCUGAGGAAGAUCUCAAACCAGAAGCUUGUUUCACUGAAGGAUGUAUUAAAAAAUUUCCCUUUUGCCAAGUAAGUACAGAAGAAGGCAAAGGAAAAGUCUGGUGGAAUCUCCGGAAGACCUGCUAUAGCAUUGUUGAACACAACUGGUUUGAGACGUUCAUCGUCUUCAUGAUUCUUCUCAGUAGUGGUGCUCUGGCUUUUGAAGACAUAUACAUUGAACAGCGAAAGACUGUCAAAACCAUGCUGGAAUAUGCUGACAAGGUCUUCACUUAUAUAUUCAUUCUGGAAAUGCUUCUCAAAUGGGUAGCUUAUGGAUUUCAAACCUAUUUCACUAACGCGUGGUGCUGGCUAGAUUUCUUGAUUGUCGAUGUGUCUUUGGUUAGCUUGGUAGCCAAUGCUCUUGGCUACUCAGAACUUGGUGCCAUCAAAUCCCUGAGGACAUUAAGAGCUUUGAGACCUCUGCGAGCCUUAUCCAGGUUUGAAGGCAUGAGGGUGGUUGUGAAUGCUCUUGUUGGAGCAAUCCCGUCCAUCAUGAAUGUGCUGCUGGUGUGUCUCAUCUUCUGGCUGAUCUUUAGUAUCAUGGGUGUGAAUCUAUUUGCUGGAAAGUUCUAUCAUUGUGUUAACAUGACAACAGGCAACAUGUUUGAAGUGAGCGAAGUCAACAAUUUCAGUGACUGUCAGGCCCUUGGCAAGCAAGCACGGUGGAAGAAUGUGAAAGUCAACUUUGAUAAUGUUGGAGCGGGCUAUCUGGCACUGCUGCAAGUGGCCACAUUUAAAGGCUGGAUGGAUAUUAUGUAUGCAGCUGUUGACUCACGAGAUGUCAAACUUCAGCCUGUAUAUGAAGAGAAUUUGUAUAUGUAUUUAUACUUCGUCAUUUUUAUCAUCUUUGGAUCAUUCUUCACGCUGAAUCUAUUCAUUGGUGUCAUCAUAGAUAACUUCAACCAGCAAAAAAAGAAGUUUGGAGGUCAAGAUAUCUUUAUGACAGAGGAACAGAAAAAAUAUUACAAUGCAAUGAAGAAACUUGGCUCAAAAAAGCCUCAGAAACCCAUACCUCGGCCUGCAAACAAAUUUCAAGGGAUGGUCUUUGAUUUUGUAACCAGACAAGUCUUUGACAUCAGCAUCAUGAUCCUCAUCUGCCUCAACAUGGUCACCAUGAUGGUGGAAACCGAUGAUCAGAGCAAAUACAUGACCCUGGUUUUGUCCCGGAUCAACCUCGUGUUCAUUGUCCUGUUCACUGGAGAGUUUGUGCUGAAGCUCGUCUCACUUAGAUACUACUACUUCACUAUAGGGUGGAACAUCUUUGACUUUGUGGUAGUAAUUCUCUCCAUCGUAGGAAUGUUUCUUGCUGAGAUGAUAGAGAAGUAUUUUGUGUCCCCUACCCUCUUCCGUGUGAUCCGCCUGGCCAGGAUUGGCCGAAUCCUCCGUCUGAUCAAAGGCGCCAAGGGGAUCCGCACGCUGCUCUUUGCUCUGAUGAUGUCACUUCCUGCUCUGUUUAACAUCGGCCUCCUGCUCUUCCUGGUCAUGUUCAUCUACGCCAUCUUUGGAAUGUCCAAUUUUGCCUAUGUUAAGAGGGAAGUUGGAAUUGAUGACAUGUUCAAUUUUGAGACCUUUGGCAACAGCAUGAUCUGCCUGUUCCAAAUCACCACCUCUGCGGGCUGGGAUGGACUCCUAGCUCCUAUUCUGAACAGUGCGCCUCCCGACUGUGACCCUGACACAAUUCACCCUGGAAGCUCAGUGAAGGGGGACUGUGGGAACCCAUCCGUCGGGAUUUUCUUCUUUGUCAGCUACAUCAUCAUCUCCUUCCUGGUUGUGGUGAACAUGUACAUCGCCGUCAUCCUGGAGAACUUCAGCGUUGCCACUGAAGAGAGUGCAGAGCCCCUGAGCGAGGACGACUUUGAGAUGUUCUACGAGGUCUGGGAGAAGUUCGACCCUGAUGCCACUCAGUUCAUAGAAUUCUGCAAGCUCUCUGACUUUGCAGCCGCGCUGGAUCCUCCUCUGCUUAUCGCAAAGCCCAACAAAGUCCAGCUCAUCGCCAUGGACCUGCCCAUGGUCAGUGGAGACCGGAUCCACUGCCUGGACAUCUUAUUUGCUUUUACAAAGCGGGUUUUGGGUGAGAGUGGAGAGAUGGAUGCCCUCCGCAUACAGAUGGAAGAUAGGUUUAUGGCAUCAAAUCCCUCCAAAGUCUCUUAUGAGCCAAUUACCACCACUUUGAAACGCAAACAAGAGGAGGUAUCUGCUGCUAUCAUUCAGCGUAAUUACAGAUGUUAUCUUUUAAAGCAAAGGUUAAAAGACAUAUCAGGUAAAUAUAACAAAGAGACAAUCAAAGGGAGGAUUGACUUGCCUAUAAAAGGAGAUAUGGUUAUUGACAAAUUAAAUGGGAAUUCCACCCCAGAAAAGACAGAUGGAAGUUCCUCUACCACCUCUCCUCCUUCCUAUGAUAGUGUAACAAAACCAGACAAGGAAAAGUUUGAGAAAGACAAACCAGAAAAGGAAAGCAAAGGGAAAGAGGUCAGAGAAAAUCAAAAGUAAAGAGAAAGAAAGAAAUGUCUUUGCAAUCAAUUGUUUACAGCCUCUGAAGGUAAAGUGUAUGUGUCAACUGGACUCCCAGAGGAGAUCCAUGCCAAACUGACUGUUUCAACAAAUACUCAUGGUCAGUGCCUAUACAAGACAGUGACCUCUGUCACUGCCACUCUGUGAGACAGGGUAUCAACAUUGACAAGAGGUUGCUGUUUCCAUUACCUGCUGACACCGCUGAGGAGAACUCCAUGGCUACCUACACUAUAGGGAUAGUUGUGAAAGCGACCAUUGCAACACCAACAAACACCGUUAGUCCAGCACUCCAUCCAUUCUAUUUUUAACUUCCACAUCUGCCAUAUUUUUACAAAAUUUGUCCUAGUGGAAUUCCUUGGUCCCUAAUUCAUAGUUUAUUCAUAAUGCUAUCCCACUAUUUUUGUAAAUGAGGUUUAAUGUUGAGGGGAAAAAUUAUGUAAGAACCCUAUAUUCCCAUUCCACAAGUUUCUCCAGUAAUCACAAAAAAAAUAUUUUGCCUGAGAGAUGAAAUUCUUGCUCAAAACUAGAAAAACUUCUAAUGUUAACAGUUUCAAGUACUUCCAUUUUCUGGAUGGUGUUAACUGUGCAAGUGUUUUAGUCGGUUGUAUUUGUUUCUCUCUGAGCAGUUACGUGCCUGUAAAAUCUCCUCUAAUAUUUAAAGGAUUAUUUUUAUGCAAAGUAUUCUGUUUCAGCAAGUGCAUAUUUUAUUCUAAGUUCCAGAGCUCUAUAGUUCAUUUUGGUUAAAUGUUUACCCCCAAAAGUUAUAUAAUAAAUGUUUUAGAAAAGUCUAGCUAAAGAAUCCCUUUAGAGGAGAUGUCCUGCUUUCUGCUGCAGCAUUGCUUUGCCGUCUUCUGCUCUCAGCAAAGCUGGCAGGUUAUGUCAUUUAAAUACCCUCUGUUAUGUAAAUAGUUAUUUUAUCCUGUGGUGCAUGUUUGGGCAAAUAUAUAUAAAUAUAUAUAUAGCCUGAUAAACAACUUCUAUUAAAUCAAAUAUGUACCACAGUGUAUGUGUCUUUUGCAAGCUUCCUAAAGGGAGGUAUCCUAUACUGAUCAUUAUGCAGAAAUAGUUGGAAGGCUAUCACUAAUGCAUGUUAAUAUUGCCUAAGCUGCUCUAUUUUAAUCAAUCCAUUUUCCACAAGUCUUGGUUAGAAGAGUCACAUGUUGGUGGUAGAAUGAACUCAACCUGCUCUCUGUCUACAUGCCAAGAAAAAUAUAAUAGAAAUUAUUUUAAAGCACCUUUACUUUUGCAUCGUUAAUCAACUUGAGCAUCAUAAAUGUAUCUCUCUUGACUUCAAGGAGACACACUGCAUAGGGCCUAUUUAAUGAAAGUCUACUCUUCAUAUUUUGCCUAAAAGAUAUCCAAACUUGUUUAAAUAUAUAUAAUGUAAAAUAUGAUCAAUUUUCUUUGUCAGCAUUUGUACAUAAGAAAGUUAUUUUCAGGUUGAUGACAUGGCAAUUUAUUUUACCUUAUGCUUUUACUUUUUAUUUUUAAUCAAGUUUCCAAACUUUUGAAUCCAUAAGACUUUUCAGCAGAUUAUUUCCUAAAAUAAAAGUUAGACACGGGUUUUUGUGGAUUUAUUUGUUAUAAUAUAUUUUCUACCAUUCUAAUAAGAGAUAUGUUGAUUAAAUCUCAAACCUAGACCAUUUUCUACCAACUAUGGUUGCCUGCAGAUAAUCCUUCAUUCAUGAAAGUUUGUUUUUUUUAACUCAACUUUUGUAGUAUUUGCAUAUGCAGACUAGGCUUAUUUUUUUAAUUCCUGCUGCACUAAAGCUAUUACAGAUAUAACAUGGGCUCUGUCCUUUUUAGCCAGGAACAAAGUGGCAAAGUUGUACAAUUACCUAACAUGAUAUAAUUUUUUUGCACAAACCAAAAGUUUAAUGUAUUAACAUUAACAUUACUUUUACAAAACUAUUUACUGUAGUGUACUGAUGAACUGCAUGCGGGGAAUUGCUAUUAAAAGAAUGGUGAGCUACUUCAUUAUUGAGCCAAAAGAAUAAAUAUUUCAUUUUUUACUGUAUUUCAUUUGUUGGACUCUGUUUUUUUUAAUUACUGGCAGUUAAAAAUCUGCAUAAUGAAUGGAACCUGUACUUGAUCUAACAUUUGUAUUCAUAAAAGUUCACACAAUCCACCAAGAAGUUUGUUAGAACAAAGACUAGUUAAAACUAAUUUUAUGAACUUUUAUGUGUUCAAAGGACCCAGUGCGUAUGAUCUAACUUUCAAGUUUGUUAACACUUGGAGUAGCCCUCACUCAUGGCUGUCAGUCCAGUUCAUUCAUUGAGUUACCAGGCACCUAACCUUUACUCCUCUUGAUGUAAAGGUGACAUUUCACAGUUUCUUGAUGACUAUCAAGUUACUCACAUUCUUUGUUACCUAAAUGCAUUUAUGAACUCCUAUGAAGUAUUAAUGAUGCAGGAAUUGAGAAUUUAUGUUACUUUUUAAGGCUCCUUUGCAUUUUUGU